UUAUAUCCACUCCACCCCCAACCAAAUGUGGAAAAGUCAGGAAGCUAAAGCUUCCACCUAAACCAUCAAGUACCUGCUACUGCUUCUGAACGUGCUUUGGUAACCACUCAGUUCCACUGAUUACAACUUACAAAAUUUUAUCAAUUUUGGUGAUUAUCAGUUUUAACCCAAUUGCUUAUAAGUUAUAUUCAAACAACUCCAACCAUAAACCUCUCUUCAGCUUAAUUACUGCUGCAAUGGACACCAUAUCCUGCAUUGGUGAAGGAUGGAGGCUGUGCACAGCUGCAAGCUUUAUAAGCUGCAUCAUUCUGAUAUUCUUUCUCAACCACAGCCAUGACAGGGUAAACCUAUCAACUCUUGGGAACAUAGCCAUAAAAUCAACACUACCAGCCAAUGAAUCAGAUGCGAACAUGAAGCUCUUGCAAGUAGCAGACUUGAAGGAACACAUGAAACAGAUGAAUAAGGAAGACAAAUGCAAUGUAUUUGAUGGAAAAUGGGUGUACGAUCCGAAGCAAAGCCCUCUCUACCAAGGAGCUCAGUGUCCAUUUCUUAGUGACCAAGUCAGCUGCCAAAGGAAUGGAAGGGCAGAUUUCAUGUAUGAGAAAUGGAGUUGGGAGGCCAAGGGGUGUAAGAUUCCAAGGUUUAAUGGAACAGACAUGUUAGAGAGACUUAGAGGAAAGAGAGUGAUUGUAGUUGGGGACUCUCUCAACAGAAACCAGUGGGAAUCUCUAGCUUGUCUACUUUACUCAGCUCUCCCACCCUCUCAAGCCCAAGCUGAUGUGGAAAGUGGCAUCUACAAGGUCUUCACAGCAAAGGAGUAUAACUGUUCUGUUGAGUUCUACUGGAGCCCAUUUCUAAUGCAGCUAGAAAUUAACCAAGAGAACGGUGCUAGAAUUCUUAGGCUUGACAGAGUUGCUACCUCAGCCAAGAAGUGGGUCGGGGCAGAUGUUAUGGUAUUCAACACCGGUCACUGGUGGGUGCACCAUGGAAAGAUCAAAGCGUGGGACUUGUUUCGAAAUGAGGGGAAAACGGUGGAGAAUAUGGAGAUUGAAUCAGCAUUUGAGAAGGCUAUCAAUACCUGGGCACGUUGGAUUGAUCAAAAUGUGGAUGUGACCAAAACCAGAGUCUUCUUCCGGAGCAUUUCCCCAGAGCACAAGGGAAAGCUUUGGUGCUACAACAAAACCCAACCCAUCACGGAUGAUUCCUAUGAAACAACAUUUCCCAGAAAAAUUAUAGAAGCCGUUGAGAGAACAAUCCAGCGCAUGAAGACCCCGGUGACAUACCUGAACAUUACGAAGCUGUCUCAGUAUCGAAGAGAUGCACACCCAAUGAUUUACAAUACAAAGCAAUGGAAGCAGUUAGCUAUGCAACAAAGACAACCAGAGUCCUCUGCUGAUUGCAGCCACUGGUGUCUGCCUGGCCUGCCAGAUACCUGGAAUAGGCUAUUGUAUGCUUCAUUGCUCUUGGACACUUCCGAAGUCAUUCUUAGCUCGUAAGACCUGCUUGUUUGAUCUGUCAUGAGUGUUAGUGGACUUUGUAUACUUCGUUCCUUCAACAGAGUUAUAAGAGAAGGGACUUAUAAGAGAGGAUGAAAUGUACAGAAAAGGUACCUACAUUAAGUCAGCUGGCAAGCCCUGCAGGUGCCAUAAAUCAGCAUGACCUAGUAGCCUGUCUAAAUUAAACUGGCAGGCAAACUAAAAUCUCGGACCACGUUUUUACAA